AAAUGUAAUCAAAAACAAAGUAAAGUUUUGCAAUAGUUUUAAAUUGCAAGAAACUAAAGCAACAAUGAAAAGACAAUAAUGAAAUCUCUGUUUUCCUGCUCCCGUGUUUGUUUACAACACAGAAUUUACACUUUGACACACGUGAUCUAUAAAAAAGUAGCUGUAUCCAAGCAUAGAUGAAAUCAUAGUUUUCUUUUGAAAAAUAUAUUCGCUAUGUAAGCGAAGGAUGGCCAGCUAAAAGGGCAGAUUUACCAGAGAAAUGUGAAAGUCGCUGACUGUUUUUUCCGUUUCCAUUUUGGAAUGUGUUCACCAACAUACCCAGUCCUUUCGCAGACGGGAACACCACUCGUUUCCAGCUCUAUCUUCAAUAUGGCGGUGGUGCUACAAAUCCCGUGGGUCAUUCCCUGGGGAUCCUGCUACGAAAGUGCAAAAGCAAUCCAAUCCUCCCAUCUCAGGCUUAAAAUUGGUGACCAAAGUUAACUAAUCCCACACCAUGCCCACGUAUGUCCCUGGGGUCACCCCCCGUGAUGGCCAUUGAUAAGUGCAAUAGAGUCAGUGUGACAUACAUGUAUGGGUUUCUGUGAGGGUUAACCCUUACAGUGAGUAUUAAGAACUAACCAUUAUUGAGUCAGCAAUAUUUAGGCUAACCGUAGUGACAAUUUGUACUUUCACCAUUUUGUGUUUUAAAUAAUGCCCCUUCUUGACCUUCCAAAAACUGUUUUUAAAAGUAGAGUUCCACCAAUUCAAAUAUCUUUCAGAUACCCAAGCAUCUUCCCCUGAAAAUGCCCAAAAUUGACCAAAAUAUGUGUGCAAAAUGCACUUUAAGUCAUUUCCUUUGGAUCUAGGAGAUUUGGUGACCAGUACGGAAGACUGGGAGAUUUGAUCUGUAUCCAGGAGACUCCUGGACAAUCUGGGAGAAUAAGCAUAGAUGAAACUUCCAGCAAACUGACUAAGUUUGUUACUGCUGCCACUUGAGAGAUGUAAACUCAUUCAGUGGUAAAUAACCAUGAUACUAUACUAACUGGUAACUUUCCUCCUAAUUUAUUAUCUUACAGGUUUUGUACACUGAGAUACAAAAAGAGCAGACAUGCCUGAAGCACACUAUAAAUGCACUCAAUGUGGAAAGUGUUUCAGCAACCAAACAAAUUUUAAGCGUCAUACCAUAAUACACACUGGAGAAAAGCCUUAUAAGUGCUCACAUUGUGACAAGGAUUUUAAUGACUUGAGCAAUUGUCACCGGCAUGAACUAACGAUGCAUAAAAAGAAGUCCCAUAAGUGCAAAAAGUGCAGCAAGAGUUUCAGAUUUCCUUCAGAACUUGAGAUUCAUGUUAUCAGAACACACAAGCAGAAACCUUACAAGUGCCAACAUUGUCGCAAGUGUUUUAGAUAUCCAUCAGAACUGAAAAGGCAUAAUGGAACACACAACACAGAAAAGUCUCCAUUGCAACUUAAGAAACAUACUAACAGAACACACAAGCAAAAACCUUACAAGUGCCAACAUUGCAGCAAGUGUUUUAGAUUUCCAUCAGACCUGAAAAGGCAUGACGGAACACACAACACAGAAAAGACUCACCAGUACCUACAGUGUAGCAAGUGUUUUGAAUUUGCAUCAGAACUUCAAAGACAUUCUCUCAGAACACAUGCAGCAAAGAAACCAUACAAGUGCCAACAUUGCAUCAAGUGUUUUAGAUGUCCAUCAGACCUUAAGAGGGAUUUAAGCACACACAGAAAUAAGAAAGUGAAGAGGAAUCACGUGUGCCAACCUUGCAGGAAAUAUUUUAAAACUGCACCGGAUAUAAAGAGGCAUCAUAACAGAAUUCAUGGAGCAGAGAACUCCUUUAAGUGUGAAGAGUGUGACAAGUGUUUUUGUGACUUAAGCAGUCUGCAGCUUCAUGAAAAGUCACACACAGUUAUGAAGCAAUCAGUGAAAGAGCGUGACAAACAUUUAAGUAAGGCAAAAGAUCCUCAAUGGCUUAGCCCAAAAACUUUUAGGUGUAAUCAAUGUGGCAAGCAUUUAAGUAGCAUAUAUAGACUUAAGAUACAUGGAAGAAUGCACUCUGGACAGGGACUUCACAAGUGUGAUCAAUGUGGGAAGUCUUUUAACCGAGCAACAAACUGUAUUCGACACAAGAGAAUACACACUGGAGAAAAACCAUACAAGUGCGACCAAUGUGGCAAGUGUUUCAACCAAGCAAACAUUUUAAAGCGGCAUGAAAGAACACAUACAGGAGAUGACUGCAGUCAAUCAACUACUCAGGAUUUCAGAGGUCUUGGUGCCGCAAAAACGUCAGGGCAAGGUAAAAGAAGAAAUCAAUUUGCAGCAGAAAAGCCAUACAAAUGUAAAGAGUGUACCAAGUGUUUCUUUCAAGCUUGGGAUCUUGAGAGACAUAACAGGAGGCUGCAUGCAGGAGAGACAGACACAGCAGAGAAACUUUAUAAGUGCAGUCAGUGUGACAAGUGUUUUAACCAUCCAAGGAAGCUUAAACUACAUUACAGAACACACACAGGAGAACAGCCUUAUGAGUGCAAACAAUGUGGAAAGUGUUUUAGCUUAUCAGGAAAUUUGAACCGACAUUACCGAUUACACACAGGAGAAAAACCUUACAAGUGCACAUACUGUGAACAGUGUUACAGUGACUCAAGCGGUCGCCAUUACCAUGAAAAGAAGCAUCACCCAGGAGCGAAAAAAUUCAGGUGUAAACACUGUUACAAGUGCUUUAUUGACUUAAGAACUUGUCAGCGGCAUGAAAGAUUACAUACAAGAGAAACAGGAAAUCAGUCAAUCAACAGAUGUCGUAGCCAUCUGGAAACUCUGCAGCAGUCUAACAGAACUUGUACAACAGAGAAGCCUUAUAGGUGCAAACAGUGUGGCAAAUGUUUCCCUUGGCCAAGCAAACUUGAGAGACAUGCCAAAACACACACCCAAGAGAAGGUUUUUAAGUGCAAAACCUGUGGGAAGUGUUUUCGCAACUCAAGACAUUGCUUGCAACAUGAACAAAUACAUACAGAAGCCAAGUCAGGAAAAUGCCAGAAGCAGAGUCCUCAGCAAUCUACACCAAAACACACAGAAGAAAAGCCUUAUAAGUGCAAACAAUGUCACAAAGGUUUCCCAACCAGAUGGAGACUAGCAAGGCAUGAAAUGAUACACCGAAAAAGGAUGCCUUUUAAGUGCAAACACUGUGGCAGGGGCUUCAAUACCUUAAUAAAUCGUAAUAAACAUGAACAGACACUACACCAAGGAGGGAAGCCUAGCAAAGAUUGCAGCCAGUUAAGAAGUCAAAGGGCCCAGAGGAGAACGCCUGGUACUACAGUAGUUCGUUCUGAUGGUUCUCAGUUUGUAAAAUACCUCACUCAUGAUUCUUCAAUUCAGGAUGUUAAGUCAAGUGAAGCUGAAUGUUGGAUUUGCUUAAAGGAAUUCAGUAGUCACACACUCCUUCUUGAGCAUAUUGACAGCCACAUGGAAUCAAAUUAGUAUAUUAUCGCAACACUGAAUCAGCUUUGGGUGUUAUCUUUUUUGGUGGGAUGAGGGUGCCUGAAAAAAACUUGAGAUAUUUAUAGUGCAAAUAUGUUUUCAGUUUUAUCUGCCUACUUAUUUUAUUUUAUUCUAUUUUUGGGAAGGGGAGGGGUUAGACUUUGUUAAAGCCUUUUCCAGUAAUACAUGUACUUCCCUGCCUUGUUGGUUUUGCCAUUGCCCUCUUGCUUUGCUCAAGGGCAAUGGUCAAGCAAAGGUCAACUUGUGGCAAGUCUAGUUUUUGGGGUGUUUUCCACCACUCCCCCACCAGACCUUAGGCAAAAGUUGGACUUAGAUGAAAUCCAUUUUCAUUCAUUUUACCACUGUGGAAAUGUCAAAGUUUAAUAACAUUUUUGUCGUUUUUCUGACUGAUGUAAAUUUGUUUAACACUAGUGUAGAUUGGUUUAAGAGUUCAACUUGUGCAAACUUUUACUAGAAAGACCUUUUUUGUAAUGCUAAGUAAAGCUCAAGUGGCAGUAAUUAUGCAGGGAUCCAUGCUGGUUUUUUUCUCCAAGUCAUCAGCUGGGCAAGUAUGCCAGAUGACAUCUUGGCCUCUCAAAAUUUUACUUGCCCAUUCACAUACUGUGAGAUGAUCCUGCAAUGAUUUCAAUCAUCACAUCAUCCAAGAUGGCUGACCAAAAUGACGAUUUUAUUGCAAAAGAAAGCUGCAAAUCUUUCUCUGCUUUCUACAAGUUCCAAAUGGAUAACAAGUGGUCAGAAUGUAGGAAACUCAAGAAAAUUAAAGAAUUUUUUUUCUGGUAGGGUCAAGCUAGACUUGUCCAGCAGACGAUUUUCCGUAUUGUUUUGGUUGUCCCUACAAUUUGUUAGUCUUCAGGGACGACCGGAUGACUGUGAAUGUGGAUCUCUGAUUAUGGUUGUACAUGUGUGUACAUAUGGGGGCAGCCAUCAUGGAACUGGGAUAUAUAAUAUUACUAAUUAUAUUAUUAUUAAUAAUAUUACAUGGAAAUCUCACUGUGUGCAUUAAACCUGGGUACAUUACAGCAGGAUUCAAAAUACUUCUGUAAUUACAGUGAAAUUUUUUUCAGUUACAAAAUCUUAGCCAACCCUUUGCAAAGUGGAAAUUUCAACAGAAUGCCAUCCCCUAAAGGGAUUCAUGACAUUAGCAGGUGUUUAUAAUGGGUACAGUGUACUUCCAUGUAAACAUCAUUUUAGCCAUUAUGAUAGUAAGUCAUCUGCCUUGCUUGUAUGUGAAGAUAUUUCAUGUCUUGGGAGACUCCUAUAUUAUAUUUUAUCUUUCCUUUAAGAUUCCUUCAAGAUUUUAUAGUCUUUGCAGAGCUCAGUUUUCGCCUUAGUUACUACAAGUUAAUUAACUGUUAUGAUGUACACUGUGCUUCCAUGAUGUAAAGUGCAUUUGCAUUUGUUUAUAGCAUUGGCAUUAUACAAAUUUACCAUUAUUAUUUAUUCUUAAAUGAUUAAUAUAAUUUUCAAAUGUUGGUGAUGUUUCUCUACAGGGAAGAAAUGUUAAGAAAUCGCCUGUUAUUUGACCCAUUGGAGGUUUUUAACUCCUUUUAUGAAAGCUUGAUUAAAUCUGGUAAACUUA